AUGCCUUCACCUUUCAUUCUCGUUCGUCCUGCGUCGCGAGGCCUGUCGUUUGACGCGUCACUUGCUUACUACAACCACCUUGCCGGUCUACGCGACUCAUCUGGCGAGCCGGAAACACUCAAGCAGAAAAUCAUUUCACAGCUCGACGUGGAUCCGGCACGACUGAAUAUCUUACCUCUUGAUCUCGGCAUAUCAUGCGCAGCAGAAAGCCUUGCAGCAUCGCUCAAAUCGCCCAGCGAGGCGAGCAUCCUACACACCGAGAAGCAACCCCAGGAUCUCGACCUAGGUGAUACCAAACCCACGUUCGAUAUCAACUUCAUCUCCCAUCUCCUCCCCAUCAAAACACUCUUCCCGCUUCUUCCCUUUGCAGCGUUAAACCAAGUCGUCAAGACGUUUGACUUGCACCUUGCACAGAAGAACAUUUCCUGCGAUUUGUGUUGGUAUGCAUCCCGGGACUUGAGUAAGGAAUUUUGGGGAGGAGUGCGUGAAGACAAGUUAUUUGAGCCGGGCGACACAACCGAGAAGGCUGUGCGCGUUGUCAACGGCCUAGGGGCGGAGCAUCGAGGUCGCAUAUGGGACUGGGCAUAG